GGUUUUGUGCUGUUUUGACCAGACUGUGGAAAAAAUGAUUCCAGCUCUUCUGUGCGUUACAUUCCCAGAACGGAGUAGCCAGAGCUGGGCCUACUAUACAAUUUGGGCAUUAUUUCUCAAGAGAGAGAGUUCUAACGGGCCGGUGAAGAGGUCUAUGCGGGAGAAGGCCAUCGACAGGCGCAGCACCAAUAAGGAGCACAACAGCAACUUUAAGGCGGGGUACGUCCCCAUAGAGGAGGAGCGUCUCCACAAGACGGGUCUGCGGGGGCGCAAGGGGAACCUGGCUGUCUGCAUCAUCAUCCUCCUCUUCCUCCUUGCCCUCAUCAACCUCAUCAUCACCCUGGUGAUCUGGAGUGUGAUCCGGAUCGGUCCCAGUGGCUGUGACAGCAUGGAGUUCCACCCCAGUGGGCUGCUCCGCUUCAAGCAGAAGGCCGACAUGGGCGUGGUGCACCCCCUGCACAAGAGCACGGUCGGGGGCCGCAAGAACGAGGACCUGGUCAUCACCGGCAACAACAACCCGGUGGUGUUCCAGCAGGGCUCCACUAAGCUGAGUGUGGAGAGGGAGAAGACGUUGAUCAGCAGUGACCUGGGCGUGUCCUUCACUGACCCCCGGACACAGAAAACCUUCUUCAGCACCGACUUCGACACUCACGAGUUCCACCUGCCCAAGGGCGUGAGCGUGCUCAACGUGCGCAAAGCCUCCACUGAGCGGAUCACCAGCAAUGCAACCUCAGACCUGACCAUCAAAGGUGAAGGCAAGGCCAUCGUCCGUGGCAACGAGGGCGUCUUCAUCACGGGAAAAACUGUGGAGUUCAAGAUCGGUGGAGACAUCGAGCUGAGAGCUGAGAACAGCAUCACUCUGAACGGGCUGGUGACGGUGAGCCCCUUGCGGAUCCCGAACUCGUCGGUGGGGGGGUCAGAGCUGCUGCAGUCGGAGGGGGCGGAGCGGUACAAGCUCUGCAUGUGUGGGGACGGGACGCUGUUCAGACUGCAGGUGCUGUACCAGGACAUGGGCUGCCAGACCUCCCACAACCCCUGCAGCGCCGCCCACUGAGCCCCGCCCCUGCAGGGCCCCCCCCCACUGAGCCCCGCCCACCUCACUGGGCCCCGUCCAUCUCACUGGGCCCCGCCCAUCUCACUGAGCCCCGCCCACCUCGCUGAGCCCCGCCCCCGCAGAGCUACGCCCCCUGCUGCACCACACCCACCCAUCGCUGCCAUGGAAACCACACCCCCCAGGCAGGAUCAACCUCUGACCAGUGAAGAGCACACACACAUACACACACACUCCCAGGUGCACACACACACACACACACACACACACACUUCACUUCAUAGCUGUUCAGACAGCCUGCAUUGAUCUUUCACCAUUCUUAGCCCAGUACGACAGAUGGUAUCACCAUUUUAAUCCUGCAUAUUGAAUAAAUGACUGUGGCAGGUUGACCCUACUGGAGAGCCCCUCCCUCAGGCAGAGAAGAAUUGUCUGUGGACAGGACAGAUCCAGCUCCUGUCUCUACGUCUGUUCAGUGUAUGAAAAUCGCUAAUGCCAGCAGCCACACCUGUUAGCAUCUUUUCAGUUUGCCAACUUCAGUCUUGUUUGUAACUGCACUUAAUGUAUAUGCUAUUGCACAGCACCAUCCACAUUAGCUACAUGCUAACACAAGCCACUGUCCACAUUAGCUACAUGCUAAUGCAAGCCACUGUCCACAUUAGCUACAUGCUAACACAAGCCGCUGUCCAUAUUAGCUACAUGCUAAUGCAAGCCACUGUCCACAUUAGCUACAUGCUAACACAAGCCACUGUCCACAUUAGCUACAUGCUAACACAAGCCACUGUCCAUGUUAGCUACAUGCUAACGCAAGCCACUGUCCAUAUUAGCUACAUGCUAACACAAGCCGCUGUCCAUUUUAGCUACAUGCUAAUGCAAGCCACUGUCCACAUUAGCUACAUGCUAACACAAGCCAUUGUCCAUGUUAGCUACAUGCUAACACAAGCCACUGUCCAUGUUAGCUACAUGCUAACGCAAGCCACUGUCCAUAUUAGCUACAUGCUAAUGCAAGCCACUGUCCACAUUAGCUACAUGCUAACACAAGCCAUUGUCCAUGUUAGCUACAUGCUAACGCUAGCCACUGUCCAUGUUAGCUACAUGUUAACGCAAGCCACUGUCCACAUUAGCUACAUGCUAACACAAGCCACUGUCCACAUUAGCUACAUGCUAACACAAGCCACUGUCCACAUUAGCUACAUGCUAAAGGAAUCACCAACAUACGCAUUUCCAGCACGCUAACACAUAUGGCCCUCACAGCAUGCAGAGAACCAUGGGGUGGGCGGGCCUGCCGGUCCUGAUACUGAGGGGGGAUUUAUAUAAAGUACAGUGCCGUGAAAAAGCAUUCACCCCUAUCCUGAUUUCCUCUAUUAUUGCAUAAGCAAGGCCCAUUCCCUUAUUUUUGCAAUACACUGAAUACAUUUGGGGUUGAGAUAAAAGGAUGAACACGAGACAAGGGUUCAGAAUUUGCUUUUAUUUUAUUUAUUUUAUUUAUUUAUUUGCUUUUAUUUCCUGGUAUUUACACAUAGAUGUGUUAAACUACUUAGAACAUAGCACCUUUGGUACCAGACCACCCAAUUUUUAGGUGAGCAAAACUAUUGGAACAGAAAGUAUUUAAGUAAAUUACACUUAAUAUUUGGUAGCGCAUCCCUUACUUGCAAUAACUGCAUCAAGCCUGUGACCCACUGACAUCACCAAACUGUUGCAUUCUUCUUUGGUGAAAUGCAUGCUCAAUUGGGUCUGGUGAUUGACUUGGCUCAUCUGAAACCUUCCACUUUUUCUCCCUAAUGAAGUCAUUUGUUGUGUUGGCAGUGUGUAUCUUAAGUUGGCAGACAGAAUGUUUUUGUAGACUUCUAAAUUCAUCCUGCUCCUACCAUCAUGAAUUACAUCAUCAAUAAAGAUUAGUGAGCCCACUCCAGAAGCAGCCAUGCAAGCCCAAGCCAUGACACUUCCUCCACCGUGCUUCACAGAUGAACUCCUCUCAUCUUUCUCCACACUUUGGCCUUUCCAUCACUUUGGUAGAGGUUAAUCUUGGUCUCAUCAGUCCAUAAAACUAAGUUUCACUUAUGUGGCUCAUCUCUGUACUUCUUUGCCAAUUGUAAUCUCGCCUCUGAUUCUUACUACUGAGGAAUGGUUUGCAUCUUGUGGUAUAGCCUCUAUAUUGCUGCUCUCUAAGUCUUCUUCGAGCAGAUGAUUGUGAUGCCUUCACCCCUGCCCUGAGGAGAUUGUUUGUGAUGUCACUGACUGCCCUGUGGAGAUUGUUGGUGAUGUCACUGACUGAUGUUUUGGGGUUUUUCUUCACAGCUCUCACAAUGUUUCUGUCAUGAACUGCUGUUGUUUUCCUUGGUCGACCUGUUCGAUGUCGGUUGCUCAGUACACCAGCGGUUUCAUUCUUUUUCAGUUGUUGUCGAAGCUCUGUCCUCAAUGCUUGUGCAAUGGCUCUGGUUGAUUUCCCCUCUUUUAUAAGCUUCAAACCAGCUUGCUUUUUUUCCCCAAAGACAGCUCUCUGGUCUUGAUGUUGGUUUAUCUUUUCAAACACAAAUGCAGUCUUCACAGGCAAAACCCAAGGCUAAAACCAAGAGUAAAUAUUCAGAACUAUUUAUUGUUUAACCAAUCAAUCUAACAGGAAACAUCUGGGCAACAAGAAACACCAGACCAGUCAGCCGCAUGUUCAAAUGGUCAAAUGGUUCAAAUCUAGAUAAAAAUAUCGGGAAAACCUGAAAUUCGAAUCUGUCAUAUUAUGUACAUGUUUUGACCUCAAACUCAGUUGUCUUCAGUGUAUAGCAACAACAAAGGAAUUCACCUUGCUGUCCCAAUACUUCUGGAGGGGACUGUAUUUGCCACACUGAAUGGUUCCAGAUGUAACAUCAGACAAAGGGAACACAAGUAAACACAAAGCACAUUUUUUAAAUUAAAUUAAUUUCAUUUAUUUAAUGAGGAAACACCCAUAAACACUCCCUUAAACAGGUACAGCUGUGUUUCCUCAGGGAAGCCAUUCAGUGUGACACAUAUGCAAUAAUACAGGAAAUUGGAAAGGGGGCAGAUACUUUUUCACAGCAAUGCAUGUGUGCGUGUUGGGUAAACUGUAAUUGUACAAACUACCAUUGACUUCACACUGGACAUUAUUGAACUGCUUACAAUUACUCAAAAAAUGUAAUUCAAGGUAUUUUGUAUAUUUAAAAAACAGAUCUGAGUGUAGAUCUCAUCAGAUCUAUUAGAUCCCACUGUAGUCGACCGCUGCAAAAUGUAAUUAAACUACAUGUUUGUACAUGUACAUGUAGUUAAAUGACUCCCCAACACUAUAUUUAUAGUUUUAAUUGCUUAUUUUUGUAUUUUGUUUGGAGUGCCCACUCGUGUGAUGCACUGUGUAUCUGCCAGCUUGUGUGCGAUAUUUAUAACUUUUACAGUUUUCAGCGAGGGUGUCUUACGCUGUUGAAACUAUGGCGCCCCCUAGUGGUCAUCUCAGCUCUAGCACCAGUGAGGCCUCAUGGCCCAGUGGAGCCCUCACUCAUCAUCAGUCACAAACUGAUUUCAGCCAAUCACAGGGUUUCCCUGAAACUGUCCCUCUUGCUCACGGUCCUUUAAUGGACUUUCAGCCGAGCAGGGAGGGUGUCAGCAUCCGCAUGAACAUGCCAACACUGACAAUCUGUUGUGUUUAUACAUCUGUGGUAUCCCCCUCUCUGUGGUGGAUUAUUAAUGUCUGAGAGUGCAGGUCGAUCCCCUCUCCAUGGUGGAUUAGUACUGUCUGAGAGUGCAGAUCUAUAUAUUCCCCUCUCUGUGAUUGAUUAAUAAUGCUGUAAACGUCUAAAGUGUACAGACUUCGAUCCGCCGUCAUUAAUACUGGAAAAUUAAUAAAGUGCCAUGUUUGAACCUC